AACCUUACUUGGAGGGAAUGUGGAGAAGUGAACACUGGAGGCGGGGGCUGCAGGGAGGGCUCCCCACGGCCGCCCGCCCUGGCACACACGUAACCCAAAACUGUGCUGCUCCGCGACAGCCGGCGGCACACGGAGGCAGAGACAACAGCUGGCUGUCAGUGCUGAGCGAGCAGAGCCAGCGCCGAGCCGGGAUGAGGGGAGGGAUGACGUGAAAGUUUCAGAAGGCAGAAGGAAAACAAGAGGAGGAGAGCUCGUGGCACGGCUGGGAGCCAAGAGCAGAAAACACAAAUCACCUCUGCCCACACUGCCAUCUCUUGGAAUGGAAGCAAAACUGGAAACUUGCUGACAGAAUCUCUCAGUGUUGCGUGAAGGGAAAAGGAACCACUUCUGGAGCAGCUCACUUGGGCACAAAGGCUGGAGAGGGUUGAGCCAGAAUGUCUUCUGAAGUCUUUCUGAAAGAAAUGCAAACCAUUGGUGAGAAACUUCUCCUUAAGCUCCAGAAACUGCCCAAGGCUGACCCUGUGGAGAUCGUGUCCUUCUGUGUGGUGCUCCUGUUUAUUGUUACUGUUCUCGUGCUGAUGAUCAUUGCUUGCAGUUGCUGCUGUUAUAGCUGCUGUAGCUGCAAUGAGGGUCCUGACCACAGACGUAGGAAGGCCCAAGUCCUCCCGACUGCCCAUCCAUGAAGUGCAUCAAGAAAUGACAUAACCCAUUAUCAAGGACAUGCAUGGACAUCAUGAUUCAGUCCCAUGGGAAUGACUCUCUGCACUAAUGCACUGGAAAUGGCAAUAACAAUAUUAAUGAUUAUGACUCAGAGGACCAGAAAUCACAGCAUGAAAUUCAUUCUUUCUGUGACAGCUACUGCUGGGCUCCAUGGUAUGAGCAGAAAGGUAACACAACUUUACCAUAACUGUCUCCAUGUUUGGGGUGGGCUGGGAGUGCAUAGAAACCAGCUUUUGAUAAAACAGACACACUUACUCAAUAACAGUCCCGCAGUUAGGCUAGCCAAGGGUUCCAUUUGUGAGCAUCAAGCCACACACCAAAGCAGAGAAUGUGCAAAUUGCCACGUGGAUAGGGGGCACCUACUCUCUUCACAAGUGGCUAAUCCAGAAGGAUGAUACUGGGUGCUAGCAAAACCACUGACAUCGCUGGGAUGUUGACAUGCUCAGUAUAUCUUGGAUCAAGCCCAAACCUGCUCUCUCAAAUGCCAUGUGCAAUAGACACCUUUAGCUGAGAUGACUGCUGAAAACAGAUUGUCAACCUGAUGUAAAUAUGCCACCUGAGACUCUGUGUACAGCUCCCUGACUACAAAUACUCAAUGCCUUCUUUUGUGUCACAAUGAUGUGAAACUGUCAAAAAGAAAAAAAACAGAUUACAUGCAACUCUCUUUGUAAAGAGAGAGAUGAAGGCAUUCAAGAAAAAUUCACUGAUGUUACAGUUUAAUUUGAUAAACAUGCUUAUUCCCAUCUUCCAUGUGGUAGUUAGAUCUUUCAUGAAUUCUGCUCCUCUGCAUAUUGCAGGUGAGUGGUCCCUAGAGCAUGGGAAUUACAGGAGACAAACAAACCCUCAUCCUUACUUGAGGGACCUUUGUGCCUGACUCUGUGCACCAUGUGCAGCUUAUUUCAGUGGACAUAAACGAUAUGCCAAAGGUAUGUUUAUUAGCAUACACAAAGGCAUUUCAAAGGAGUGACACGCAGUAUGGUAAUUGUCACUUCAGGGUAUACAUGCAGCAGCUGACAGCUGGCACUGUGACAAAGCACAGCCAAGAAUGGCCUGUACAGCUGAAGUUACCAAGUGAAAAUAAAUCCCUGUUCCAUGUUGCAACCACUGUAUAUGUUUGGUUUACACUGCGGUGAACUUUAAGGAAUUUCUCUAAGUACAAAGCUAUGGUGCAGACAAGGACUUUCAUAACUGGGACAGCCAAAUGGAAGAUCAUCAUAUUGCAUCCAACUCUGCAAGCCACUGGGCUUUCUUUCAGCCCAGAGUGUGAGAAAAGUCACUUUACAAGAAGGUAUAAAAAGAUGAGUACUCAUAGAUAAGUCAUCUUCUACCCCUUGUAUUCCACAUUCUAAGUGCAGAGGAGUCAAGGGGAUGACACAUAUGUAUACUACAACCAAGUCCAUCAAGAGAGAAAAGAAUCAAGUUUUUAACAGUGGGAUUUUAAGUGUUUUCAUGCUUCAGAAGUGACAACAAAAAAGAAAGUUUGUAAAGAGAUCUCUUCUCUCUGAUGUCUGUGUCCAAAUUACUAGAAUGCACAUUACAUCUGCAGCUUCUCAUGUACUUAAUGCACUUUAAAAAAAAAAAUAAACUAGAUGUAGGUAUUUUGCAUUUUUUCCACUUGCAUAUUGGAAUAAAUCCACCCCCACCAACACAGAGAAUAGUCUAAAAUUUAUGACAAAGUUCCUCAAACUACCAAUGUUACUUGAAAAUUAAUUAAAAACAAAACAAAAACAGCAUUUAAAAUUAACCAAAGCCAUCAACCAUCCAGGAUAAAAUGGGGACACUCCCUAGAAAUUAAACCUCUGAGCCCCAAUUUGAUCACUGCAAUAAAAUGAGGACUGUACCAGUAUAAGCUGCUACAUGCAUAACCACAUUAAGGCCAACAAAUUGCUGGCCUUUAUUAUGCUAUCCCAAAGCUUCCACUUACAACAAAUAUGCUAGGGUAGGGUAAGCUCAAGCACGGCAUCAAUUUUCUGCAAUCAACGUGCCAAGGUGCAUCUCAUUAACCUCUCUGUCAGAUGUUUUUGCUCAUUUUAUUUACAAACAAGUGACAACCAAGGUGACACAGAAGUCUCAGAACCUCUCUUCUGCAGGAGACAGGCUCAACAGACAUUUCAGUUUCUAAGUUAAAUCAUGAGACCUGUGAAAGAACAGAGCUUACUUUCUUUCCUAGCCUGUGCUAGACAGUGCCAGCUACAGCAGUUAACAGAAUCCCAUUGAGAAAUGUUUCAGCAGCAUGGAACCAGGCUGUACUAACAGUUAGGAGGAAGCUCAGCAGGCUGGAAACACACCAACAGCUCUGACAGGUGGCUGUCAAUGGGAACGAGCUGCCAGGCGUUAUUGCAAAAGGAAAACCACAGAUACAUUUCCCAGUUGUGUUACAACCUAAACCACUGACAGAUACAAGGCAGGGGAUAGGGGAAACGGCUCCUUUCUUAUUUCUCCCACUGUAAGUUCAUGAAUUAGAAGCAGAGAAUAGCCACAGUGCUGUUAGGGAGGGGGAAAAAAAAAAGAAAGAGAAAGAUAAAAGGAAAGAAAAUUAAGCAACUUUGUAGAGACUGCAUCUGGCUUCUGGAGAAGCCACCAAGGAGAAAAGGGGCUGUGGACCAACUUCUGCACACUUGCCUGUACCUGAUGUUUUUUUGUUGUUUUGUUUCAUCCUUUAUUCACAUAAAGGGAUCUGGAAUGCUCUGAGCCCUAGUGAGCAUGGAUCCUCUGUUUCAAAAGGCACAGAGGAAGGCAGACUACUGAAAAACUGUUUCAAACACAGCAGUUUGAGUUUGCCUGGAAGAAACUGCAAGGGGAAACAGCUACUUCAGUCCUGAUGAUAGAAGUGUUGAAAUAGCACCUUCCCCUGAGAAACACAAAGCAGAUCACAGCCUCUUCAGGAGAAGCAGCUGAAGCUUCACUGACCACUUAACGGAAAGGCUUAUAUUCUGUAAUGUCACCUGUUAGACUUCAAAGAGACUUACUUGGCUUGUGAAAAACAAAUUUACUCAUAUCCUCUUUCUCCUCUCUCACUUCUCUUCAGCACUUUCCCUUUUUUAUUCCUCAGUUAAGAAAGCAAUAGGGAAAGUCUAUAUUGCAGCUAACAGCAGUACAAGGUUCUAAUGACUUCAACCACCUAAUCUGUCAUGAUGAUGUUUGGCCUAGAGGAUAGAGUUGUUUCAGAGUUCACUUUACACACAGCAGCCUCCUAACAGAACCUGUAAUACAGAUACACUCAAGAUCCAAAAAAUAACUUUGUCUUCUCCCCACUGGAAUCUUCCUAAGAUAGAGAACACAAAAGACCUCUAAAAACACUCAAAUAGGUGUAUGAGUGAAUAAAGGCGUGGAGAGGAAGAAAUUAAUGACAUGUGAACUGAGUCCUUCUAGCUCAGUUCAAGGCCUUUGACUAGAUUAGCCACACCUUUGCAGGAUAGCCAGCUGUUAAACAUUUACUGCAGUACAAAUAGGUAAUUUCCAUGCUAAUUCUACAGCUGUCCAGGUGUAGCAAAAGGAUCUUUUCAAGCAGGUGAAGAAGAGGCACCAGAAGAACUAACUGCUGCAAACUCAACAGCUUCAGCAGGGUGGAAGGCACCAUGUCACCAGUACAAGAGAAAUCCUCAGCUCUGGAAGACCUAAGGAGUCGGAUUGAAACAAGUGACUGGGCUAUUGCAGGGCUAGUGGUGAUUGGCAUCUUCUGCCUUGUUAUUGUUGCUUUCUUCUUAAUUGCAGCCAUCUUUGGCUGCUGCUCAUCGCCAAGACACAAACGGACUAGGGCAUGAACAGUGAAACUGAGGUGCAGUACUUGGAGCUCUGUAUUUAAGCAAGAAUCAGCCCAGCUGCAAUAUGUUGUUCUCAUCUGUCCUCAGGUGGUUAUUUCUCCCCAUCAGCUUUCCCACAUUGAGAGCAAUGUACCUAUGCCAGCAGGUUGUUCUGCAAGUCCAGAGCAAACUCCAGAGAAGGCAAUCUGUAUUCAGGAAGUGAAUGAGGACUCUGGCAUUUUGUUAAUUACGUCUCUGCCUCAUUUUCAUUUUUCAAGCAAAACCACAGGAUAGACUUGCCAGCAACUACCUGAAAACAACGAAGACCUCUUCCACUACUGCAAUUACUUGUUUGUUCUUUCUAUUCUGCAAAUGGGCAUUAGGAAACUGACCAGCAGAAGCUUUGUCUGAAUCAAUUCUCUAAAAGCAGCUUAAACAGUUUUUCUCUUAUCAUACUCAAACAAUAGCCUAAAUACACCAUGCAAAAACUUGCCUGCCAGAAUACAAAUGUCUGUACGUGUUCUUAUUUAAAAUCUUGCACAGUCAGAAUUUCAGCUUUACUUUUGCUGUUUGGAUAAUGAACAGAAUUGUACUAAUUCAAAAUGUAAAGAAGAAAUGUGAUGUAGUAUUUCUUCAAAGAGCUUAGUUUCUUGUACAGCUGCAAGCAGAGAAGCCAGGCAAUAGUGUUGUAAUGUGUGACCUUGGAAUGCACAUGUUUUAAUCUUGGGGAGGGAGUAACAAAACAAACUUAAAAAAAAAAAAAAAAAAAGACAUGAUUUCUAAUUAGGUUAGUGGGCUUCCCUUACAUAAAUCUCUUACAUAGGUAGUGAAAUUCUGUUUCUAUUGUUAUUCACCUAAGCAAAGGAGAAUGUUUUCUCUCUAUUCUCACCAAAGCAUCAGAAAAGCACACAUCACUUGAAAAACUUGUCCUAGAUACAAGUGUGAAGAAUGAAACAAAACAUGAACUUAAAAGCAGGACACAUGCUGGUCACUUUCAGUUAGUGAACGCAUACUGCUCUUGUACUGGGAAAAUUAUAGCUUCAGUGUUUUAUCCAGUAUAGUAAUUAGUACAAUUACAGUUUACAAAGCAUGAACUAAACCUGAACAAUAUAUGUUGCGGUUGCUAGUCUGCAUUUAGAUGGGGCACAUCCAUAAUUUGGGCCUGCUUCUGAAAGGAUCUAAGCACCACCAGGUCUUUCUAAGCUUGAUGAAAAUCAAGGAGACCUCAUUCUUUGUAGAGUGGAGCUCCUGAGGUUUUAAAGCUAAGUGGUUCUAUCCUGUCCUGGAUGAGGCUGCUUAAUUAUCUUAAAAGAGAAAUGACAGCUGAAGGAGGAAAGAGUCAAAAUAAAAACAACUGGAAUUAAGUCAUCUUACCACACACAAAACAUUAAAAUUCAUAUAAUGAGAAAUCAUACUUCUCCACUAACCAACAUCUCAGUUAACCCAGAGGUGAAAAUGAAUGACAGAUGUCUGAGGGAUGCCUUCCUCAGGCUGGACAGCAAAAUACCAGUUGAAUCAGUCAGUAUUUUCCUUUUCCUGGACAUGCAUUUGCAGAAAGAUCUCUACCAUAACAGUGCCUCAAAAAAGAUAAGAUAUAGUUUCCACAAUAUUAAAUGUUGCUUGGAAGAAGUGU